AUGCUAACACACAUCCACCCUUCCUCCGUCUCCUCCCUUGUUCAGACCAUCUCUCCCUGCAGCGCUCUGAAGAGCUACGAGCUGCUGCACCGCAUCACGGGGGAGGGUCUGUGCGUGGAGUACUGCUUCAGCCGCCAGCCGUUCCCCCCCGACGGCAACAUGGUGUCGGUGCAGAUGCAGUUCACCAACAACGCCACGUCGGACACCAAGAACCUGCACAUGGAGGACGUGAAGCUGCAGAGCGGGAUGAGGGUCAACGAGUUCACUGAGAUCGAGCUGCUGCCGGCAGGUGAGACGGCCUCAGCUGUGAUGGGCAUCGAUUUCUGUGACUCAACACAAGCUGCAAACUUCCAGCUGUGCACCCACCGCAGGAAGUUCUUCGUGUCGAUCCAGCCUCCGGUCGGGGAGCUGAUGAGACCCGUCUUCCUGACGGAGAACGAGUUUAAAAAGGAGCAAGGUCAGCUGAUGGGGAUGAACGAGAUCUCGGAGAAGCUAACGCUGGACGUGAAGUGCCGGAACGAACACGCCAUCGUGCAGAGGGUGAUCACCGCCGCCAACCUCAGCAGAGUGCCCUGUGGGUCCGAUAAAGAGUGCCGGUUCGGGGGCCGCACGGUGACCAGCGGCAGCCUGGUGUUAGCCACCGUGUCGUCCCGAGAGGAUGGGGCCGCCCAGCUGACGGUCAACUGUGAGAAGAUGGUGAUCGGCACCAUGCUGGUGAAGGACAUCCUGCUGGCGCUGACGCAGUGACCUGUGACCUUUCUGACCCCUCAGCCCC